UGCUAGAGCUCCAAUUAAGAGCUUAAUUUCAGCCUACAUCUUUUACUUAUCGUUACUUUCAGUAUUUCCUUCAUUUCUCAAUACUUUGUUCACCCCACCAAAAUGCAGAGCCAAGAAGAAAGGAAACAUGGCUAUGUCAAGGGAGAAGUAACAAAUCAAGAAGAAAGAGAACAAAAGCACGAGAAGAGUACUACUGAUGAACAGCAGAAUGAGAUUCCACUAAUGGCGUUGAACCACGUCUCGAGACUUUGCAAGAAUGUGAAAGAAUCAGAAGAUUUCUACACUAAAGUUCUUGGGUUUGUAUUGAUUGAGAGGCCGCAAGCUUUUGAUUUUAAUGGAGCUUGGUUGUUUAACUAUGGCGUUGGGAUUCAUCUGGUUCAAGCUAAGGAAGAAGAUAGAUUGCCUAAUAAUACUGAUACCCUCGACCCUAUGGACAACCAUAUUUCUUUUCAGAGCGAAGACAUGGAGGGUAUGGUGGAAAGGCUGAAGCAGUUGAACAUAAAGUAUUUAAAGAGAACGGUAGGAGAGGAAGAAGGAGCAGCUAUUGAUCAACUCUUCUUUAAGGACCCAGAUGGACACAUGAUUGAGAUAUGCAAUUGUGAGAAUGUGAAGCUUGUCCCUCAACGUUCCAUUGGCCGCAUCAAGCUUCCUUUUGAUCGUCACAUCCCUCCCGUUGAGUUGGGAAAAGAUGAUGCUAAUGCUGCCAAAGCUUAAAAGUUUUUUUAUUAUGUUGUAGCUUCUAAUUAGAUUAUUCAAGAUUUGAGCAACUCAUCUGAACUUUUGAUCUCUUCGCGAAGUAUUUGCCUUGAAUUGUCGUUGAAGUCUCGAUUUGGUUCGUA